GGUAAAUAGCCACCACAGACCUCAAUACCGAUCUCAAUCUUCCGUACCGUACCGAAUCUUCUGGUCUUGCAAAAACACAAACGAUACAAGAAGACAACUCAGCUCGAGCGUCGAGCGCAUCACCAUGUUCAAUGCGCUGAACCGCUUCAUGUCCCGCCUGGACGGGCAGCAACCAACCCAGCAGAACAAUCAGGGCUCCUUCGGUUUCCAGGUGCUCCGCAACACGAACCUCGAACUCAACGUUGAGCCUUGGUUUGACUUCAUCAUUGGCAUCAACGGUCGGCCCAUCGACAACCCCGACCCAAGCCUCUUCGCCCAAGAAGUCCGCAACUGCGCAGGCGGCUCCGUCUCCCUAGGCCUCUGGUCCGCAAAGGGUCAACGCACCCGCGAGCUCCACGCCCUCGUCCCCCACGACACCGCCUCCCUCGGCCUCUCACUGCAGUGGACCCCCCUCGCCGUCGCCGCCAACAUCUGGCACGUCCUCGACGUCGCAGCAAACUCCCCCGCUGACGGCGCGGGUCUCCUCCCGUACGGCGACUAUAUCCUCGGCAGCCCCGAGGGCGCCCUCCACGGCGAGGGCGGGCUGAGCGAGCUCGUCGAGGACCAUAUCGGUCGCCCGCUGCGCCUGUACGUGUACAACAACGAGUACGACGUCACGCGCGAGGUGACGAUCCAGCCGACGCGCGAGUGGGGUGGCGAAGGCGCGCUCGGGUGCGUGCUGGGGUACGGCGCGCUGCACAGGUUACCUGCGCCGCUGAACGAGCCCGUCGACGCGCCGGGCGAGAUGAUGUUCGAUGCUGGCGGGGAGAAGGCCGACCCGGCCGCCGCGCUGUACGGGAACGCGGGCCCCGUAGGCGAGGUGCAGCAGAAUCUCUUCUCGCCCGCCACGCCUGGUCUCGGCGCACCUCCUCCUCCGACGGGGGGUGACUUCUUGGUCCCGGCGCAAAUGAUGGGCGCGGGCGCCGCGGCGCCGCCGCCUCCUGCGGGCACGGCGACGACGAGGAAGAAGAAGGAGAGGCAUCACGGCGGGAACAAUAACUUCAUGGAUGACUACUUUAAGGAGGAGGAGAAGAAGAGCAGGGAGGCGGAUAAUGCGCCCAGCGGGAGGGGUACGCCUGUUGCGCCGCCCCCGAAGAUGGGGGGACCGCCGCCGCCGCCUAGAGCUGGUUCGACGGGACCACCGAAGGAUCAGCCUGCGGCCGAGGGUGCUGAGUGA